AUGAGUAGUCCCAAGCGGAGGAUAGAGACGGAUGUCAUGAAGCUCAUGAUGAGCGAUUACGAGGUCACUCUGGUCAACGACAACAUGCAAGAAUUCUACGUCAUCUUCAAAGGCCCGACAGAAACACCCUUUUGUGAUGGUAGAUGGAAAGUUCACGUCGAGUUACCCGAUCAGUAUCCUUACAAAUCGCCUUCCAUUGGCUUUGUCAACCGCAUCUUCCAUCCCAAUAUUGAUGAAUUGUCGGGAUCGGUUUGUCUGGAUGUCAUCAAUCAGACAUGGUCACCCAUGUUCGACAUGAUCAAUAUCUUUGAAGUAUUUCUACCACAACUCCUGCGAUAUCCGAAUCCUACCGACCCACUGAACGGAGAGGCGGCUGCUCUUUUGAUGAGAGAACCAAGGAGUUAUGACGCUCGGGUCAAAGAAUACGUCAAUCAAUAUGCCACCAAUAUCCACGAUGAUGCGGAUGAGGAAGAAGGCGAAACGGAUGGCGAACUUAGUGAAGUGGAAGACUUCAACAGCGAUGGGGAAGAUGAACCUGCUGGGAAACUGGAAGAUGUUUGA